CGUCGCCCUUGAAGGACAUACAACGCUCAUCAGCGAGAGGACUCUUGAACAAACUUGCGUUGGGGUACAGGCAGAACAAGCCCACUGCUUUAGGUAGGAAAACGUAAAAAACAUUUUGUCUUUUGUAAUACGAAUAUUAUACAAACCAAGAAUAAUUGAAAACGGUAACGACCUCCUACUUUAAGAGAUUUUCCAUGAAUUGAAAGACACGUGUCUAUGAUAGCAUGGUGACGGUGCGCAUAUUGCGAGACAAUUUUCUCUUUUGUACAAAGUAACUAAAACUUCACUUCACAUUUUCUAAGUAUUUUCGCAAACAAUGUUUAAUGAAAAACGAUAUAAAAACGCAGCUUUCCUGUAAAUCCUUGAAGCAAAGCAUCGACGCCACCUAUGCAAAACUGUGUUCCGCAGAGCUAUGAAGUAUUACUUAAAAUCCGGUUUUACUUUGUAUACUAAUGAUGAUGAAACUAUGUUAAUUACAAAAAGGUGCACGAUGAGAAAUUCAAUGUGCACGGGAAAAUUAUCUCAGUUUCGUGGAAAUAAAUCCCAAGCAGUGGUUAAAAAAACAAAAAAUACUCACAGUUAAAAAUAGCGCAAUUCUUAUUUUUUGAAUUAACCUUUUCACAUUUUAAACUCACAUUGAGUGUGAAGACUUCAUUUUUUUCGAGUUUAUCUACGCCCAGAUUCAUUUCUGUUUAAGCUCAUCAAGAUGUUCCUAAUAAAAAUACAUGUCGAUACACUUUGAAGGCGACAGCGACCAUUCACGAAAAAGCUAGUAGGCAUCGCUUCAACAAGAAAGGGUUUCGGCAACGUGUAGUGUUUUGUUUUACAUAUUAAGUAUGUUUUAAGUUAAAAAUCACCUAUUAUAAACCUUUUAUAAAACUGGCUCAUAAACUCUAUAUAUUUAAAAAGGCAAUAGUAUGGAAUUCCGCGGGAAAUCAUUUCCUGUGCCUGUGUAAUGGGCCUACUUUCGAUGUAUACCGUAUUUAAUCGAUUAAACGCCACUCUCGAUCAAACGCCGCAGAUGGACGCAAAAUUACCAAUAAACGCCACACCUUCUCAGAGGAAUGCGACGUUUACUCAAGGAUAAUAAGAAAAAACCUCGCUACAACUUGGUAAUUCAGACAUUCACUAUUCUAUCUCAGCAAAAUUGAAGGGAGACAUUGGAACCUUAAAAUUACAUAAUCUUUACAGACGAUAUCCAAUCACUGUUGUCAGUGAUUUAAAAAAAUGAUUUCGAAAUAAGCGCCGCCCUCGAAUAAACGCCGCAUUGGAAACGCUAAAAAUUUAAUAAUCGCCGCGCGUUUAAUCGAAUAAAUACGGUAAUUCUAACAUGACUCCGAGGCUUUGCGGACAAACGCCUCCAUUGUCUCGCAAUUCCCAAAAGAGACUUGAGCACAAAGAAAACCAGACCAAAUAUAGAAAAAUGACCAGAAAGUCAUGUUAGAAUUUUAAUAUAUUAAUUUUAAUACAUCGAACGUGGACUAUUGAGAUACAACAUUGAUACAAUUUCCAAAAGGCGAAUGAUUUGAAGAAAAAAGUUAUCUUGUGUGCAAUCUUUGAUAGCUACUAAACAUGACGUUCUAUUCUCUUCCUGACAUCUCUUGUCAGACCGUCGCAUUCCGCGGUCCAAAACCUUUUCUUAGCUUCCUUAUGUAAAGAACAAAAUAAAAACAAGGCAAAAACAGACUGAACUAGAAAGCGCAACAAACUAAGAUGCUGCUCAACUCUCUGACAAAACUAACUGCACCUAUUGGACACAAGGAACAACCUUUUAAGAGUUCAAACGUGCGUCUUCUGCUAGUGGUUAACCGACUUCAAGUUUCAAGUUUAUCAUCUGUAUGUUACCAUUCCGACUUGCAGUGGAAUGUAAGACAUUCAGUCAACAAUAAAUGACUAUGUUAUGCAUGUAACACUUAUCCGUUCGCCAAUAUCGCUAUACUGAGAUAUAACUGUCAAACUGUCGGAAUCAGUUUUAUCAGGAAUAAAUGUGUCUACCCCGUGUGCUAGAGGUUAUUAUUUCUUUUGUAACCUAAUUCCUGAUAGUUCGCGAUGGAGCGACGGAAACCUCGAAGGGACAAGGUUAAUUUCAACCAAGGUAUUUCAAGAACGGGCUCCUGAAGUCAGGUGAAACUGCGCCAUGCCCGGGGGGUACUCAACAAAUGUUUAUACGUGAAGGCUCCGCUCUGAAGUCCAACCCCUUAACCUUUUCUAUACCAUUUUUCACAAAAAAGGUAUACCCCUUUCACAUACCUUGUUUAGAACUUUGCGUCCCUUUUAACUGCUGUAAAUGCACUGUCUUUCACUGAUAGGAGUCAAUCACAAAAAUCGAACGUUUCUCGACUUUAUAAAGCCAUCAAGCUCAUCUGUUAGCCCUUUUGGGCCCUUUCACGGACCCAAAUGACAGAUUUCCCUACCCUUUUAUAUCCUUCAACAAGUGAAAUCCCUUACCUUUCAUAUACCUGAAGACUGAAAAAGGUACCCCUUUUGGGUGGAACCUCCCCGUAUAGGCCAUUUUAGGGAGUACCCUCCGGGGCACCAUGCUCACAAGGCCUUCCCAACAAAGGGCCCAACACUGGUAUCUUUUUUGAUUCAUAUACAUGUUAUUACUACACAAAGUAUGCCAUCACUGACGAUACACGCAGUUCGUAAAGCGCAUGAGCGGAUGACUAUUCCGUCAAUAUUCAGCCCCGAAAAAUCAAAGUUCAAAGGAAGCAAAAUUUGUGCAGUGGAACCUUUCGCCAGUCCAACUGACUGUUAAAUAUUUUAUGACGUUACUUCUCUGAUCCAAAAAAUGCACACAAUUAAAAAUCGUGGUGAAAUUGAUAAACAGGACACAAUCAUGAUGAAUUCCACAACUUUUUUCAUUAAUUUUUCCUUUUGUUUCAGUCAAAAAAAGAAACUGAUUUUUCCUUACCACGGUGAUGGCUCUCAUCUCCCUUCGAGUUCUUCUUCUUGUAAGUAUUUGCUCAAUGUUGUGUAAAGCAGUUCCUUUGACGUACAGAAAACCAGGAGAAUCCGGGGAACGCCUCUACAGCAAGGUAAACACAAGGAGAACAAAUUUACCACUCUCUCAUACAUGUAUAAGCUUUACAGGUAUGUGCCGCCUCAACGGGUUUGGAGUUUGGUGCCGUUUCGGUCGGAAAAUGGGCAUAGACUUUGUUCAUUUUGGUCUGGAAUUGGGUAUGGUAUUCAAGGGAACUGUGGAAGUGUAUGAACAUAUCAUUGUUUUAAUUCCAAAUGGAUAAGAGAAAAAGAUUAAUUUUAAGAAAUCGUUUUGUUGGCUUCCUAAUUAAAGCAACAAUGACAUAACUUCUAGGAGGCCAGGUCUGAAAGCGGGUGUGAAAAAUAAGAUUUUUUUUGUCUGAAAUAGGGUCACGAUUUGGAAAACCGUGGUCAAUUUAAUAAAACAUUUACAAGUGUAAUUUACAAGUGUAGCUGUUGUUUUCAGACUCUAAAACAAUGGCUACACUUGUCAAUUACACUUGUAAUAGUUUUAUCAAAUUCACCACAGGGUGGCACAACCCCACCAAGAAUUUCUAGGAGUACCCGCAAGGGAUAUACCUUUUUUUUCAGCAGAAAAAGGGGAAAUGAGGGGGCAUUGUGGGGAGAGAAGGCAUUGGAGUUUACGUUUCGAACCCCUUAUAUCUGCCCGAGCAUUACCAUGCCUGAAUUAGUGCAAAAGAGAAUAAAAUUCAAACUAAGAAUAAAACUAAACCACAAAUAUUCUACUGUGUUGCUAACUUUUUUUCUUUCCCUUUUUAGUUGUUUCCAGAUGAUGAAAGAACUAGCCAAGAUGAAUGGAGCAGAAAUACAAAAUUUGUAUUUGUUCCAAAGUAUCAGUCCAUUAGUGAUCAGCAAAUGAGAAAAGAUCUUCUGCGAGACAUACUACUUGAUAUGGUGAGUAACAACCUGCCUAAAAAAAACCUCAGCAUACUUAUAUAGCUGCAUCAGGGAACAUAACUAUGUAAUCAUCCUUGGGGGGGAAGUGGGGGUACUCGCUAUAAUGGCCUACACAGGGAGGCUCCAUCCAAAAGGGUUCCCUUUUUUGGGUCAUGUGGCAGCUGCUUGGAAGAGAAGUCAGCAAUGGUGCCUAACCCUGACUCCAAACAAAAACUGAAACAAUUGAAAGAAUGACUUGUCAUUGUUUUCUGCGAACAACCAGGAGAGACCUUCUGAGCAGCUCCUACACAACUGCAUUUUUCAGGCUUUAGGUAUAUGAAAGCUGGAAAGGAUUUCGCUAGCUGAAGAACAUCAGCAUGAAAGGUUCUAAAUUAGUAUGUAAAAGGGGUGCCAUUUGCAAAUAAAACUUAUACCAAAAGGGUACCAUUUCUGUCAAAAAUUACAUAUAGAAGGAUAAGGGGUUAUUCUGCUCUGUAUAACAUGUUUUCGAGUACUCCCUCCCCCCUCUGGGUAUUCCCAUAAAGUUUCCAUUUAUUGAGCAAUGUAAAACCAAAUCUUACUUCAAACUGUGAACACCUGAAAUAUUUCAGGAAUGUCUAUUGUGUUAUAACCAAUAACUACAAAGAUCAGGUCACGUGUGUGCAAGUAGCAAAAUCGCAAACUACUCAAUUGACUUUUUCCUUGCAACACAGUGACAUUCCAUUUCUGGUGCUCAUAGGUUUAAAAAGGGCAUGCCAGAUCAUAGCACGGUUAACUGACACCAACCCCUUAUUUCCCAGGAGGUUGGGGGUUGGGGGGUGAGGGGCAUUGCCAUUUAUGGGCUAUUCAGAAAUUUUUUGUUGUGAAGGGUUGAGUUUUCAAGCUCUGCAGUCAGGGAUAAAGGGUAAAGAAAGAAAACAAAUUAUGGUCUGGAAUAAGAACACUUUAUGGGAAACUGAUCAGUUGUAUGAAGAGCUGGAGAUUUUGUGUUGAUACUCAGGGCCUGUUUUCAUGGAGGUGGGGUGGGGUAAGAAAAUAACCAGCAUUUACAUGCACACUUACAAUCCUGCCAUCUCAGAGUGCAUUUCCUCAAGAUCAUUCAAUGGUCAUCAAUCAUGUAACUACACUAUACAAAAAUGGUAGGCAAACAACACUUGCUGCUCUUGCUGUAAUCCUUUCAGUGGUGUGGCUUUCACUUUAAAUGAUGCAACAUGAAUCUGACCCCGGUACCUUGAAACAUUUACUAUGGCAAAAUUUGACCCGGCUGAGAUGGACUUUACCUGGUCUAGCAGACAAGGCAACCCACUUGGGCAGAUCUCUCCACCUACUAUGUAAACAUGAUGAAAUUAAAAUGAGAGAUUAUAAUGGACAGGCAGGUUACCUCUCCUAUCUGGGGUCCCAUGCCUCCAUGUAAACACGCCCUUAGUCUGUGACAGGGUAGGGUUUUUUGUUACCUACUCUAGAAUAAGCAGAAAAAUAAUAUAGUAGUUGAAGAUGGUCUGGUGAAGGCUAAGGCAAGGGGUCCAGGAUCCCAGUAGCACACCACUUCCAAAACAUUUUAGCAGUACCUUCCCCCCUCCGCACUUACAUGUUUGUCCAGAAAUGUGUAACGCUUUUAAAUCUACACGUAAAUUAUUGUGGCAUCCCAGGGAAGACCAGUGAACUUUUCAAAACAGCCAACGAUUGGCUUUCACAUAAAAUGUGGUGCAACAGCAAUUUUUUAUAGAAAUGUUCUUUCCAGGGGGUACCCAGCCAGGUUGGAAAAAUUACAGAAAUUCCAGGGGGUUGGUGAUGCAACAAGCACCCCCUGCGAUGGAAAUUCUAGGGGGUAGAGGGGGGCUUAGGCGAAAGUGCCCUCCAUAUUAGUAGGGUGGGGCAUAGAUAUUUUUUGGAACUACACAGUUAUAAACAUAAGAAGUUUGUAAUAUGGUAGAGAAAAUAUGGUAAUAUGGUAGCCAAAACAAAGCAUUCGCAAAAUGACUUGGGUGGGCAAUACAAAAUGUCACACAAAUCACUAUACUUUGUCAACCCAAGUCAGAUUCCAAGCAUUGUAUUUGUGCCUCAGUUCACGGUCUAUUUCUUCUCUUAUACGUUACCUGGAAUUAUUGCUGCCAUUUAGCUCCAUUCCAUCAAGGUUGGCCUUGGUUCUCUUCAAUACUCAACACCACGUUUUGAAGCUGGAUAAAGAUCACUGCAAAUGAACGUGUGCCCAAGUUGACUGUAGACACUUUAUAUAGAUUCUGUAAAAUUGAAAAUGCUGUUGAAAUGUUUUCAGAUGGCUAUAGUCGUUUCUUUCCUAAACAAGUAUUUUCGAAGAGUAACAUCUCGGCGCAAAAUGCCUCAGAUGUCAGGGGCACCCAACGAGGAUAUAGUUCAAAACCACUUAACAUAGCAUUGUUGAACGUAUUUUAGUAUUCAAACGGUAGAUAUAGGCAUAUUUUUAUCCCCUAAAAACUCUCCAUCUGUUCGGAUUUCCUAGCUGAAAAUCUAGUGAUCCGAAAAUUGUAGGGAUAAAAACUUACCUUCUCGAAAAUUUCAGCCAGGAAAAGGCUCCCGAAAAUUCUAGGUGGCCUUUUUUAGGGUCAAAAUCCGUUAAAAAUGAGUAAUUAUACCAUUUUGUAGAUGUUCGAAAAUCCUAGGAGAGGCAGGCAAGCAAGAAAUUUUACAACAAAUGCCCCGAAAAUUCUAGAUCUCAAAUCGUCUUCCGAACAGAUAUUUUCCCGAAAAUUGCCGUUGGGUGCCCCUGAGAUGUGCAGUGAAAUAUCGAGAAAUGCGUCAUUCAAAAGCUGACUUGUCGGCACCGGUCAAGGCUCGUACUGCCUUUGGUCAGUGGUUUCUCGAUGGACCGAAGACAUCCGUCCAUUCCGUAUUUGUUCCGAUUCUCGUCCCCAGAGCCCGUCGUUUCUUAGUCACGUGGUCUUACGGGUAUGAGAUUUUGGCCAUUUUGGUCAGGAAUCGGGUAUGGCUUUCGAGGGAACUACGGGAGUGUAUGAACGUAUUUAUCGUUUCAAUUCAAAAUGAGUAAGAAGAGUCUAAGAAAGAAAGAGAAAUAUAAUAUGCGAAUUCUAAAUAGAUUUCUAAAACUGUUUUGUUUGCGCUCUAAUCUUAGUAAUAAUGACAUAAUUUCUGCCUAAAGGCCAGGUCUGAAAACGGGUGUGGAAAAUGAAAUUUUUUGGUCUGAGACAAGGUCAGGAUUUGAAGAACCAGGCGGCACACCCCCACCAAAAAUUCCCAGGAGUACCCCUCCCCCCCCCCCCCGGGGGGGAAACGAGGCUUAAGGUUCGGAAAAACAUGAUUAAAACUUUCAUUCCCGUUCAAAAUGUCAAAUUUUUGUCUUAACACCAAUCUUUUGUGAUAGAAUAAGAGACGACUGGAACAAACUGGACAGGUUAAAAGAGGACAACGCUGUCACGCAGGGUACGGUUGUACCCAUGGAGACGAGUCGCUAAAUGAAGCAGAAAGUAGGCAGUUGCUGGUACGUCUGUUCGAUAUUUAUUUUCGGAAUUCCGUUCACCAAGCAUAAAGAAAACUCGAUCGACCACGUAUAGCUUGCUCCCUUCAUGAGGAAGUAUCUUCUAUAACAGUUUACACGAGGAAGCUCGCUCCUCCCGAUAGGGUUACCUUUUACAGGAUUAAGGUAUACAUAAGAAGGGGCAUAGAUUUCACUAUUUGAAGUACAACAGUACACAAAAGGCGGGUUAGGAAAACUGCCAUUUCAGAAUGAUAUAGAGAGACCCAAAAGGGCCAACAGAAGAAUUUUGAGGCUUUGAAAAAGUAGUGAAAAUGUCCUGAUUUCUACACUAUGCAGAAAAAAGGGAAACCAUUUGUCAAUGGACGGUAUACGGAAGGAGUACCCGUCCGCCCAAGAUCCCUUCAGAUGAUGUGCUUGGAAGACGCCAAGAAAAUUGAGCAGGAAAACGCAGAGAAAGGUUGGGAAGAAGGAGAGAGGAAGGUACGAAUUUGUCCUCUUCUCUCUUCCUCAUUCUUUCUUUCUUCCGCUUUUUCCCCUUCCGCCGUCUCCAUUUAUCAGUUCGUUUUUUUUAUUUUGUCGACUUUGAAUUAUAUUAAUCGGUUCACUUCAUCUUGUGUCUGUAGGCGCUGGCAAGAAAGGAGCCUGGGAAAAUGCUUGACAUGAGCAUAAAUGAAUUCAAAGAAUAUGACAUGGAACUUGAGAAAGAAUUAAGAAAUUUCGAGGACAGUAGGCGUUAUAUCUCGCCCAACCAAAUGUAA